UAAACAGCGAAACAUAAAGAAUGGCUGGACGUGGGCGUGGUGGCAAAACAGGCUCGCUCACCGCUGAGCAGAUGCAAGCGCUGGGCUGUGUGGGCAAAGAUAUGCCACAAGUCCAAUCGGCGCCGCCUCCGACGUUUCCACCUUUGCUCAACAAACCAAUUUCCUUAGAGACAACAGCAUCGCAGAACUAUCAGCUGCUCUGGAAGGAAGACUUUUUGAAUCGCAUGCGCGACUCGCCCUACUAUAUCAUCUCAGCCAGCCAGGAGAAACUAAACACAAGUGUCAAGGACUGGCGCGAGAAAGCUUUGGAGCGCAUGAAACAUAAGGCGUUACCCGAGUUCAACUACAAGGCAAUGCCGCGGGAGCUCAACACAUCGAGUCGAAAGCGACGGGCAGCAGAGCCAAGACCCAAACUGUUAGCCAAGAAGACAAACAUUGAGGACAGACUGAAACAGCUGGAGCAGAAGGAACUGAAAAGCAGCGGGGAGAACGAAAAUGACGAGAUUAAGCAGGAGAGCGACUCGGAGCAUGACGAUGAGCCCGAAGAUCCGGAAGCAGCGCUGGACGAUGAAAUGGACGAGGAGAACGACUAUGCCAACGAUUACUUUGACAAUGGUGAAGCCUACAACGAGGAGGAUGACAACAUGGACGAUGGUCCCGUAUAUUAAACAACAAAUAAACAGUCCGUUAAACAGUG